UGCCCCACUUUAGUAAGGUUUGGAGCGGCUUGUUGUUGCGGCACGGGUCGGCUCGGCCCGGGGGCCCUGUCCGUCCACCAUCAUGGAGUUUCUGUUGGGGAACCCGUUCAGCACGCCGGUGGGGCAGCGGAUAGAGAGUGCAACCAACUCCAGCUUACCGUCUGAGGACUGGGAACUCAACAUGGAAAUCUGUGACCUGAUCAACAGCUCAGAGGAAGGCCCCAAAGAUGCAUUAAGAGCCAUAAAGAAGAGGAUUGUUGGCAACAAGAACUUUAAGGAGGUCAUGUUGGCACUUACUGUUCUGGAAACCUGCGUGAAAAACUGCGGCUACAGGUUUCACACCAUGGUGACCACGCGGGAUUUCAUCGAGGGGGUUCUGGUGCGCGCGAUCAUCCCGAGGAACAACCCUCCACAGGUGGUGCACGACAGAGUCCUCAGCAUCAUACAGGCAUGGGCCGAUGCAUUCCGCAGCUCGCCCGACCUAACGGGCGUGGUGUCCGUGUAUGAAGAUCUGCGAAGGAAAGGACUGGAGUUCCCCGCUCACGUCGAUGAGUAUUCAUUAGCUCAAGGCCCAAAAAAGACUUCGGCUGGGAACGGGCCUGCUGUCGCUACUUUACCUGCUGUGUGCUUGUCUUCUAAACCUCUCAUCCCGCCUCAGAUCUCUGAGCUAAAACUGGCUCUGGAGGGAAACGGUACCUUCACUCCCAGCCAGGUGAAAAGGCUGAAAACAGAGCUGGGCGUGGUGAGAAGCAACCUGACCACAAUGUCCGAGAUGAUGAGCCACUUGGACCCGGUCACGGUAAAACAAGCUGACUUGGAGCUGCUGGAGCAGCUGUACACUGUUUGUAAGGAGAUGCAGGGCAGGAUAGUGAAGAUCAUCCCCAGGCUCAGUGAGGAGAAGCUGAUCGAGGAGCUACUGGCUACUAAUGAUGACAUGAACACCGCCUUCACACGCUAUCACAGGUUUGAAAUGCGAUUAACAAACGGUCAGAGCGCAGAGCAAAAGAGCCACACCUACGUCAACCUAGCAGACCUUGCUUCACCCGUCAGCCAGUCAGGAGUCCCAUCGGUUAGAAGUGACAGCUCCUUCAGCCUGUCGAAAGCCGAUAGCCUGUCCAGUCAGAUGGCAAAACUCAGUACAAGUGAGUCCGAUGACGUGUUAUCACAGAAAGUGAACGUCUCAACUCAACAGAGAACGAGUUACAAGAAGGACGUCCCCGUGGAUACUCAAGUUCAGGACAACACUUUAAAAAGCACUGGAAUGGAUGCAAGUCCAGCCUCCUCCUCCAGCUCCUCACCAAAGUUAGAUUGGAUGAUUAAAAGGGGAAUGAUUCCCAUCACUCAAUCUAAUGUAAUGGAUGAUAUUGAGAAAUGGCUUGCUUUGGAUGAUGAGUACGAUGACUUUGAGGACUCGGAGGGUGUGACCAGUGAAGAGUUUGACCGGUUUUUGGCAGAAAGAGCUAAAGCAGCUGAGCGCCUGCCGUCUCUGCGAGCCUCAUCACAGGACAUCAACUCCUCGGAGUCGUAAUGUCUGCAUGACGCAGACAAACUAACAUGCCUCAUGAAGCCCUGACACCGCUGGCUGCAAGACGGAGAUUUGUUCUUCAUUAACGGUCGAGUGGAAUGUGUCCAGUCUGUGACGGAGGAAAAACGUUGUACCUGUUUGUGUAAUCUGUAGUAGAGAGGAAACAUAUUUUUAACAGGAUGAAAAUGUAUUUGCCGAAGGAAAGACGUUUCUACUUGACAUUAGUAUGAGGGUAUGUAUGUGAACAAACCUUUGCACAUUUUUUAUGGCUACAUUCCUGCUGUCGAAAGAAAAAAACUGUUGUUACAACUUUGCAACUUUUCUCAUGUUCUAUUGCUGUUAAUGUGUGUACGGUAAAUGUGAAAGGUAAAAGAAAAUGGCACAAUAACAUUCACUGUAAGAGAAGAUCAAAUGUAACAUACUGUAAGAUUUUAAUGCUUUACAUCAAUAUAGUUUGAUGUGGAAGAAAGAUAUUUUUACUUCCAAUUCUCCCAUUUAAGUGUUUUAUUUGAAGUUUAAUAG